GUCACUUUUUGCACGUUCAAAUAGACAGAGCUCUUAAUAUUUAUGUGCUGAAGUGCGCUCUUGGACCGCCGCGACAAGUAGCCUGCUUUCUCGAUUGGCAAGAUGUUUCUCCAUCAGCCCAAUAUUUUAACGUCUUUAUGGAGUUUGUUCCUAGCCGGCGCUCUCUCAGGUCCAACCCAACUCGACCGCCCCAAAAGCGUUCGUGCACGCCAGCAGGAUCUCGCGGCGUCGCAGUCAACCGCUUGCGGAGCCAUCAUCGACGAUCUCAAUGACGGUUAUGCCUACCACUGGGCAAGCGACGCAUAUGCUUGCUUGACCAGCGUUCCAUUCAACGACGCGGUCGCCACUCGGUUCAUCAAGUACCUCAACGAGACUCUUCAGUUCCAGAGUACUCUCGCGUACCUCAAGAAUCCACCCACCGGCUACCAGCAGCCCGCAGUAGAUGUACUGUCUGAACUGAGCAAGAUCCAGACCGACGUCACGAGCAGAGUGUACCGGAAUCAAUAUCAGUUCGAGAUCGAUGUGCAACAUUUACUGUACAGGGCUCACGACGCCCAUCUCUAUCUGAGUGGUGGCAUUACCUCGGCUUUCUCUUUCCUCGCACCGUACUCGAUCACUGCUGCUUCGUCGGAUGGCUUAAGCCUGCCAAAAGUCUACCUCACCAGCGAUGUCAUCGAGAGUCGAGAUCAAGGCUGGACACCGUCGCCUAUCAAGACGAUCAACAACGAGGACGUGGUGGAGUAUUUGACACGCCUUGCGAGUCUCAACGCAGUGGGUGGCAUUGAGCCUCACGCCGAUUGGAAUCAGCUGUUCUAUACACCAACAUUGGCCACGCUAGGUGCCGGCAGUAUCUGGGAUAGUUCUGUCAAUUUCUACCCAGGAGAUGAGAUUGCACUUACCAUGGAAAACGGCACAGACUAUCUCGACUAUUGGCUUGCGCUGUGGAAUGAACCUUAUGCGACAGGACCCUUGACCACCGGAGGUGACUUUUACAACUACUUCGUCCUAGGCUUACUGCCUGCCUCCUAUAACAGAAGUGAUGGCUUCUUCAAUCCUGCGUAUGCUCCAAGGAAGUCGUCUCCUCCAGCGGCUACAUCCCGUCCGCAGAAUUCCUGGCGCGGCGUAACCAACGAAUCAUACCCUGAUCCUGAUGUUUGGCAAGAGGGUCUUGAUGUCCUUGCUGACGGUAUCGUCUCAGGGUACUUCCUCCCAGAUGUAGACGCAGCUGUACUAAGCAUCCCUUCUUUUGGCCAAAGUGGAUAUGCCAUCGGCAACUUUAGUCAAGCAAUUACGGACUUUAUCUUCAACGUAACUGAUGCCAACUUGACCAGGGUGGUAAUUGACUUGCAGCAGAAUACGGGAGGCGCCGUGGAGCUAGCUUUUAGUACAUUCAAGAGGUUCUUUCCAGAUCUCGAGCCAUUUGCAGGAAGCCGACGUCGACACCAUCAACUUGGCAACACAAUUGGAGAGGCUUAUACCGCGUAUUUUAAUGGACUCACACCUGAAGACGCUGAGUACAACGACACUCUGGCAGACGAAUGGGUGAUAACACCAAGGCUGAACGCUGCCUUGGACGACAACUUCACUAGUUGGUCUGAGUAUUCUGGGCCUGUGCAGGCCAAUGGCGAUUCAUUCUCUUUGACGGAACGUUACAAUCUCUCGAGUUACACAUACUCUGUCGCCCUGUUCGAUGGGUGGAUACCUAGGGGGUACACUCGCGAAGCUCCACUGCCCUGGAAGGAACGUCCUUUCAAUGUGGACGACAUCGUCAUACUAACCGAUGCGGCAUGUUCGUCCACCUGUGCCCUGCUCGUUGAAAUGUUUACUGAAGCCGGUGUCCGUACUGUUACCGCUGGAGGGCGUCCUACCAAUGGUCCAAUUCAAGCUGUGGGAGGUAAUCGAGGUGCUGUGCUCUACUCUGCAGAUCAGAUCGACAGCCACAUUGUCAGACUAUCCAACCCGCGCUUCAAUGUCAACGACACAAUCCUUGCCACACUUCCACAAAUCACAGAGACUGGGUAUCGCGACUCGGGGGUACUCACCUCCAUCCUUGCCAUCAAUCUUCGCGACCAAGUCCGACCCAACGACGACGUUCCCUUACAAUUCAAGUACGAUGCUGCCGACUGUCGCGUCUUCUACACCCUAGCCAACGUAUAUAACAUGUCCCGCCUAUGGCGCGACACAGUCACAGCCGCAUUCGACGACCCGUCUUUGUGUGUAGAAGACUCAACGGGCUACUCCAACUCCAGCUCCAACUUCACGAAAUCUGCGCCUGAACCCGCUCUCGUGGAGUCAUACAACGUGCACCUAGAUCUCAACGAGCCUGACUCCGUUCUCAUUGCAAACGAUCUCGAUCUCUCCGGCGGCCCCCAAGACUCCGAAAGCCGCGCCUUUAGCUACACUAUUGACAACUGUAGUCCAAACGGCGGGUGCGGCAGAUUCGUCAACAAGCAAUGCGAAGCCGUCUGGCUGCACGACUGCAGAUACCUAGCAGGCGAACUAUACAAGACGCAGCGAUGCGUGCCGUACACGGGCAAGAAAAGUAACUGCCCCCCGGGGACUACAUGGCAGCCGGAGAAUAUCCAUACAUGGGACUCGAGACUCAAUACUGCGAAGCCCGCGGCUAAUGGGAAGUCUGCAGGAACGAGUAGUGGUGCGGGAACGACAACUGGGGCGUGUCAGCCAAAUGGGAAUAAUCGCGAUCUUUGCGAAACUUUCUGUGUGACGGGGAGAGAGAAGGCUUGCUUUAAUUAGCUAGACACACAAUACCGCUGAUGAUGCGCUGCAUUGACCCUCGAACGGGCUCGUACAUGAUUUUACUAAUUACAGCUGAGCAUUGUGAUAGUGUGUCCUCUUCUGGGGUAAGUUAUCUUGUAGAUCAAACUCUAGCUCUGGGAUGAGGUCACUUUGGAGUGUAGGAGUUUGGUAGGCAAAGAUAACUUAUUUAGUACUGAACAAACCUAUGAAUCUCUUUG